AUGGCAGCAGAAAUAAUUAAUAAAGAAACAGAAAAACCUCACAAUAAUUUAGUAGAUUCAACAAUGACUAAUUCAUCUAAUUCAAUUAAAAGUCAAACAAAACCUCCAUUCGAAUUAAAACAACCUUUAGCUGUUUGGCCAAUAAAAUUAUCUUUAAUAAUUUUUGGAAUUCAAUUUUUGGAAAGAUUUUCUUUUUAUUUUUUAAAAUCUACACUUUCCAAUCAUUUAAUUGAUAAUUUGGGAAUGAAUAUUUUAACAGCCAAUACUUCCCAAAAAUUAAUUAUUCAAGUUACCUUUUUUGCUGCAAUUGUUGGGGGAAUUAUGUGUGAUAUUAAAUAUGGAAGAUAUGGUACUCUUGCCUGGUUCUUUCCAAUUUAUUUUGUUGGCCAAGUAUUAAUUACAUUUAGUCCAAUUAUUCCUUUACCUGGAUUUUUCCAUCCUUAUUUUGAUUUUUUUGCUCUUUUUCUUCUUUCUUAUGGUUGUGGAUGUAUUAAAGCAGUUUUGGCUGCUUAUGGGGCUGAUCAAUUUAAGCCUCCUAAUGUUACCCAAAUUGGAUGCUUUUUUGCUUUAUUUUAUUCGUUGGAACAAUUUUCAAUAAUUUUUGGAAUUUAUUUACUUCCAAUAAUUAAAUUUUUCUCUCAAAUACCAACAGACAAACCUUUAUUAAAUGUUCUUUCUUUAGCUACAUUUUUACUUUUAAUUUCUAUUGUAAUUUUAUUUGGAACAUCUAAUUAUUUUUAUAAAUUUAUUCCUCAAAAUAAAAACCAAAAUAUUUUUAUUAAAUCAUUUAAAAUAAUUAAACAAUCAUUAAUUAAUAAAUAUCGUCGAAAACCUUUAAUUACCUCAACAAAACAACCAACCCCUAAAUAUUUAUUAGAAUAUUUCCUUAUUGACCAUAAUUGUCAGAGAGAUAGAGAAUGUGAUUUUGGAAGAAAAAAUAUUUGUGAACAAACAAAAUUUAUUGGUGAAUUACAAACAGUUAUUCAAAUAUCUUUUGUUUUAUUGCCACUUUCUCUUUUUUGGGCACUUCGAACUAAAUUAAUAUCAAUUAAUAUAUCACAAAUUCAAAAUAUCGACACUAAACUACCAUUUAUUGGCCAAUUACCUGACCAGAUUUGUUGCUUAUUACAACCUAUUUUUGUUAUUUUAUUAUUACCUCUAUUUUAUAUGUUUAUUUUCAAAUCUCCUUCAAUUAGUCAAUGUUUAUCAUUAAAUACUUAUCUUCGGCGUAUAUUUAUUGGUAUAUUUUUAUGUUCUGUAGCUUGUUUUUGUUCUGCAAAUAUUCAAAAACUUUUAUUAUCAAAUAACAAUUCUUUAAUUAAAUCAACAGAAGAUUUUACUUUAAUUAAAUUAUUUAAUUUAUUCCCCUCAAAAUGCUCUUUUUCGAUUUCUAAAAUUAAUUCAAAAGAAAAUUUUGUUAUUAUUGAGGCAAAUAAUUCAAAUAUAUUUUCUUUAAAAUCAGAAGAUUUAACUGCCGGUUAUGUUGAUUUAUUAUUUCGUUUUAAUGGCUCUUCUUGCUCUAGCCAUCGGAAAAAUUUACUUAGAAUUUGGCUUAAUUCAGCAACAAAUAAUCAAUUUAAUAUUGCUUUAGUUGGCCCUCAAGGAAUAUUUUUUACAUCUUUAAAUAUAAAAAAUACAAAAACAAAUGGACCUUCAAAUUAUUUGGGAUUUUUAAAUCUUUUACCUUGUAAUUCCCUCUCUCCUUCUUUAUCUUCACUUCCUUCUGAAUGUUCUAAUUCAACUAAUGAUAUAUUAACACAAGCACUUACUCCAUUAAAACAAUCUUUAUCUAUUUGUGAUGAUUCUAAUAAUUGCCCUAUUAAUUGGGAUUUAAAUGAAAUUUUGUCUUCAACUUUUUUUGUUUUUCCACCUAAUGGCGAUAAUGUUGGGAAAGGCCGAGGAAGUGUUUAUCCAAUUAAAGCUAUUCCUACAGGAAAAUAUCAAUUUUCUGAUUUAAUUCCCCAAACAAUUAUUUCAACAACAACAAAUUCAUCAAUAAAUCCUCUUCCUUUAAAUACUAAUUUGAGUAGCAAUAAUCCAUUAAUAUCACUUCUUCCACAAAAUUCCGCAAUUAAUGUGGAUGGUACUGGAUCAAUAUUGUUAGCAGUAUUAUCUUUAGAUGGAAGUCCAUUAGCUGGACAAAAUGAUUCAACAACUUCUUCCUCUUUACCAAAUCCAAUAUUUACAUUUCUUUUACUUUCUGGUCCUCCUCAAUUAGGCAUUUUAUGGUUAUUUCCUCAAAAUCUUUUAAUAGCAGCCUCUGAAGUAUUAAUUUCGGUUACUGGGCUUGAAUUUUGUUAUAUGAAAUCACCAACUUCUUUUAAAGCUACAAUGCUUGGUUAUUGGUAUUUAAUUAUGUAUGUUGGAUUUUCAUUUGUUCCAAUAAUUUCUAAACUACAACCUUUUACAGAUCCAUUUUUUCAACUUUUAUUUUGUUCAUUCUCAUUAUUUAAUGUUGCUUUAAUUUUUGCUUUAAUUGCCUAUUUUUAUUAUAAUUAUCGAGACAACUCAAUUAAUGGAGGUUUUGUUGAAAAUAAUCAAAAACAAUUGUUAACAGAAGAAAUUGGUGGAAAAUUUACUGAAAAAUUAAGUGGAACUUUGAGGGCAAGUAUGGCCCGUCUUCCAACUAAAAAAGUUAUUAGACUUUAA